GACGCUUCUUGAGUGGGAGUUGUUGGGAAAGAAAUAGGGUCCGAGUCGACUCCUCAGAAGAUGACCGGAAACUCUUUUUGCUCGAUGAAAGAUUUCCUGAAGCAGACAGGCGGCUAUGCGGUAAUAGACGGCGGGCUUGCAACGGAGUUCGAGAGACAUGGAGCAGAUCUCAACGAUCCUCUCUGGAGCGCCAAAUGCCUCCUCACUUCUCCUCACCUCAUUCACACAGUGCAUCUCGAUUACCUUGAAGCUGGUGCUGAUAUCAUCUCCAGCGCUUCUUAUCAGGCCACGAUUCAGGGGUUUGAAGCAAAGGGCUUUUCAAGAGAAAAGAGCGAAUCUUUGCUUAGAAAGAGCGUGGAAAUAGCUUGUGAAGCUCGGAACACGUAUUAUGACAAAUGCGGAACUAGCUCCUCCAUGGAUGAUAAGAUUCUUAAAAAGCGGCCUAUAUUAGUUGCAGCAUCAGUUGGUAGCUACGGUGCAUACUUGGCUGAUGGGUCUGAAUACAGUGGAGUCUAUGGUGAUUCGAUCACGCUGGAAAAGCUGAAAGAUUUUCACCGCAGACGACUCCAAGUUCUGGCGGAAUCUGGUGCUGAUUUAAUAGCAUUUGAGACCAUUCCAAACAAGAUAGAGGCUCAGGCAUUUGCUGAGCUGUUAGAGGAGGGAGAUGUGAAGAUUCCUGGGUGGUUUUCAUUCAACUCGAAGGAUGGCGUAAACGUGGUUAGCGGGGAUUCCAUCAAGGAGUGUAUCUCCAUAGCUGAAAAUUGUGAGAAAGUAGUGGCGGUUGGAAUCAACUGUACCCCUCCAAGAUUCAUCGAGGGGCUAGUUUUGGAGAUAGAAAAGGUGACAAGCAAGCCCAUACUAGUGUACCCAAACAGCGGAGAAAGCUAUGAUGCUGAUAGAAAGGAGUGGGUGGAAAACACAGGAGUUGGGGAUGAAGACUUUGUGUCAUACGUAGAGAAAUGGAUGGAUGCAGGGGAACGGUUGGAUGAUGUUGCUGCUCAGAUUGGGGAGGCCAUCGCUAUUCGCUAAGCUCCAUGACGGUGGCUUGGCUAACAGUGACUUAACCACAUCAAACAUGUUAGUCAGGAGCAGCAAAAAUCAGCUGGUAAAUGUCUUCAGAGAGUCUGAAAUAUAUGUUCUCUGGAUCAGUGAUGAUUCCUGGUAAAUGUACUCAUUGAUUUCGGAUUGAGUUUCACAUCGACCUUGCCUGGAGACAAGGCUGUUGAUUAAUAUGUACUUGAGAGAGCUUUGAUCACAAUGCAUUCUUCAUGCGGAAAUGUGGUGAGAGCGAUUGCAUCAUACCCUUUCUUGAUCCUUUUAUUUCAAGUUUCCUCUUUACAUUCACUGCUUAAGACACAGCGGGUCGCAAAUUUCCACGAUCAUUUGAGUGCCUUUCUUGAUCCUGUUAAAAUGAACUCACUGUUCAAAA